AUGUACGGAAAUGUCGGUCUCGCGACCCCACGUGGGUCUGGAACAAAUGGCUACGUGGUUCGCAAUCUUUCAUAUAUUCGUCCUAGGAAGGACGUCGUCGCAUUUGAAUCUUAUGAAGAGAUUGCGGCGAAAAAUAGUUCGGCUUUGGCUAACCGAACACCGAAUAAGGAAAUUCUUGAGCACGACAAGAAAAGACAAGUUGAGCUUGAGUGUAUGCUGCUUCGCGAAAAGCUAGAAGAUGAAAAUAUUCCUGAAGAGGAGAUUGAGGAAAAGGUAGAUGCUCACCGUCAAGAGUUGCUUUCCAAGCUAGACCAAGUGAAAACUACUACAACUAUUCAAGAGCAUCAGACUCAUCAACUUUCCGAAGCAAAAGCGGCCGAAAAUGAGAAAAUGAUGAAGGCUCUAGGCAUCGAUUCAUCAACAUACUCGGAAGGCGCGGCCUUCGACAAAGAAUUACAAGAGCAAAAAAGAAAUAAAUUAAAAGAACAGCGUGAUUUAGAGUACGAAAAAAAGAGACAAGGUUUCGAAGAACGUGAACGUAAUAGAAAGGAAGCGGAGGAAAGGAAAAGUGGUGCUUCCGGUGCUGCUCGUUCAUCAUCAAGAAGUGCGGAAUUAGAUAAAGAGUCGCGACAUAAAUCGUCAUCUUCAUCUAGUACAGAGAGUGCUAGUGACGUGAGCAGAGAAUAUGGCAAAAAGCGGUAUUCAUCAUCAUCCUAUUCUAAGAAAGAUAUCCAUAACGAUCGACGAAGAGUAAACUCAUAUGAAGAAAAAGACAAGAAAGUCUAUCAAACUAGAAGAAAUAACCGCGAUGAUAAUGACGACGACGAUAAUUACAGUACCGAUGAUAGUCACACUGAUAGGAAAGAACGACGAAAAGCACGAUCCCAACACAGAACUCAUUAUUCUGAAUCUUCGAAACAUCGAGGACACCGAAGAGAAGGAAGCAUCCCUACCCCCAUCCCAAGACGUCACAGGAAUAGCAGUGCUUCGCCUCCGCCAAGACACUACCGCGACCAAAGUCUAUCACAGUCACCACCUCAAAGACGAAGGCAUGAUGAUGAUAAUUUUUCACUACCAAGAAAGCGUAUUGAAAGCGUUUCUCCGCCAAGACGGGAUACAAGGAGACGCUACUAUAAUGAAGAAAGUAUACCUGAAGUUUCUGCUUCCUCACAAAAAAAAAUCAACCAUUAUGAGCAGGAUCGAAAAAUUUAUACUGAUGAUAGAACUCGAAAAGUUAAGGUUGAGGAAAAAACCAGCUCUCCGGAUCAGGAUCGAAAAAAUUAUUCUAAUGAUAAAACUCGAAAAGUUAGUUCAAAGUCAAAGGAGGAAUAUGAUGCAAAAAAUAAUCAUCCGAACAUUUCUAUUCCACAAAAAUACCGAGAAUAUACAGAAGAAUCUUCAAGAUCUUCAUAUGAUCAUCGUCGCAUGCGGGAAAAAACGUCACCAAGACGCUUAGAAGAACGUAAUCGUCGACACACUCGAUCUUUAUCCCCUCAAGAAAGAGACUCCUAUCAUAGACGCUCUGCUGAGAAAAGGAGAGAUGACUCAAGUGAUAGCGAAGUAAAUGCUCUCUCACGACGCGUAAAUAGAAAACGACAGAAAUCAGGAUUAUCUGAAUCCAGCUCACCAAGCAACAGUUCAUCCUAUGAUGAUGAAUAUCGUAACAGGAGACGCGGUGACGAAAGAAAAGAAAGCAUUGAAGGCAAAGCAGUGCUUCCUGAACAUCUUCAAAAAAGACAAAAAGGGCGACAUGAUAGCAGCACCACCGAUUCCUCCGAUUAA